AUGUAUUUAAUAUCGAAUGCAUUUCAAUAUGCAAAACAAGUUAUAUUUCAAUAUCCCGAUUCAAAUUCAAUGAUACAUCGUAGAAUAUACGUAUCUAUUCGAAGCAUUCUCAGCGCUCUGUUCGUGUUAUUAUGUUCGACGGCAAUAAUUUAUGCAUUACGGUUUGAACAUGUUGGCAUAUUAAUAACAUCAGUAGUGUUAUUAAUGAUUUUUAUAAUAAUACGUCUUACUUUUGAUAUUUAUGGAUAUAUUUUUGGUUAUUUUCAAUAUUCGCUCUAUCCUCCAUUUGAUUUAAUGGCAACAAAUACAAGUAUUCACAACGGAAAACAACUUGAAGAAGAAAUGGCUGAUUUUACCAUAGAAUUAUUUGUGAAUAUGAUUGGAGUACUAGUAACAAUGUUUAUUAUUACUCGUAUGAUGAGGAAAGAAUGGAGAAGACGACAAACUGAAUUACAAGCUUUAAGAAUUGAUGUUGUAAGAAGCAUGACCGUAUAA